ACAGACAGCCUAAGCUUCUUAAAGAAUACUUUUUUUUUUUUUUUUUUGUAGCUUUGUGAGUGAUGUGAAUGGCAGAGAGGAUGCAUGGUCGAUGAAUCACCACCAUCAUCUAUCAGGCCUCAAGCUUAAUCACAACAGUUUCAGGGUUGACAACGGUUCCAACAAUCUUGCUUGAAUAAGUGAUGCAAUUUGUUUAAGGCACAAACUGAACUUUUAGAUCAAGCAGUGUUAGUAGGAGUCAGCAUGAACAGCAGUUUCUGGAGGAUUUGAUCCAAAAUAUAAUGCUGUUUUAGUAUGUUUUGAUGAAAAAAAUUAAUGCUAUGUUUUGGUAGGAAUUUCUUUAUGAAAUAUACAGUAAAUUUAAUUUCAGAUAGCAUGAUGCAGUUUCUAAAGGAUUUCACAUAAAUUGUAAUGCUUGGGUUUUUUAAGAAGUGUAUCAUUUAAUAGGAUUGCAUCAAAGAUGUAGUGUAGUUUUAGUAGGUAUUCAUAUGAAAUAAUGCAGUUUUAGUAGGCUUUCACACAAAAUGUAAUGCAGUUCGAGUUGGAUUUCCUUCAAAAGUUAAGUUUUAGUAGGAUUUGAUACGAAUAUGCAAGUUUAGUAGGAUUUGAUAAGAAAUGUGUUGGUUUAGUAGGAUUUCUCACUAAAAAAUGCAGUUUGCGAUUCCAUACAUAUAUAAUGCAGUUUUAGUAUGAUUUCAUACUGAUGAUGUAAUGCAAUUUAUUUGAAUGUCUUACAAAAAAAACUUUUUUAGUAGGAUUUCAUACGGACUAUAAUACAAUUUUAGUAGAAUUUCCGACGAAAUGCAGUUUUAGGAAGAUUUCAUAUGGAUUAUAAUGCAAUUUCAGUAGAAUUUCAUAUGAAAUCCAGUUUGUGUAGGAUUUGAGACAACAUAUACAAAUUUAGUCUGAUUUAACACAAAAUAGACUUUUGUGUUAGGGUCUCAUACAAAAUGUGCAUUUUUGAUAGAAUGUAAUACAGUUGAUCCAAAUAUAAUGCUGUUGUAGUACUAUUUCAUACAAAGUGCAAUGCAAUUUUACUAGGGUUCCUACUCUGUCUAGACAAGAACAACAACAACAACACAAAGCAUCAUCCAAAGAACAAACAGCAAUCAGAUGUCCGGGUCACAUCAAAGGGAGAGCGGCGACCUUUGAACCAGCGACCCCAGUUUAGCAGCUUUUACGAGGCAGUAUGGCGAGAAUCCAUUAGCUACAGCAACAACAAAAACACGGAGACUUCUGGACAGGCGCACAAUGACAUCAUUUAAUUGAGACGGCGCAGGAGGUCGACGUCAUCCUCUGCCUGUCCAUCAUCAUUGUCGACGCCCUCCAGGAAAGAUGCGUUUAUCUGUGGCUGAUGGACAGGCCAAGCUCCACCUUUUAAAGUCACACGCAUUCACUCACAGAUCGGCACAGACAUUACAGCGCUGUGGAACGUGAGGAUGGCAACUCCAAGUGGACAAAAAUAAUACCUGCACCUCACAUGGAUAUAAAUCGCCGUCACAGGCUCCUGCACUCGCUGUCAUCCAUGAUGUUCUGUGCAACGGAGGAGGAUGAAGAAUACGUGCCGCACUCAGUUGCCGCACCGAGUCCCACGGUGACUGUUCCCCGUGCUCCAGACGCCUGCUCGGGCGAUAGCAUUGUGUGUGUGUCCAAAGACCUGCCGGCUGCCCUAUUCCGCCACGUCUUUAUCAUGCUAAUACAGCCAGACACGGAAGCAGGGAGGCGGGAGAGGGGAACGAUAGCUCCGCAAAUAGAGGAGAGCCGCUGCCACAACACAAAAGGUCAACGCCGCUGCCACCCGACAAGCCGCCUCAGAUGCCGGAGCCCGCUUGCUCACUGUGACGGCGGCCGCACAGGUGACUUGAAGAUUUCAGGACAAGGUUUGUUGUGGAAGCGAGAUCUGUGCAUUGUUCCCCGGCUGUAUUGCGGUUUACUUUCCUCCAGGGUUGGGAAGUAACGAAGUACAAAUCCUUUGUUACUGGACUCAAGUACAGUACAUUUAUCAGGUACUUUACUUUUACUCCCUAUAUUUGAUACAGACACAGUGGUACCUUGAGAUAUGAGUCCGUUCUAGCCUCCCAAAAAACCCAACAAAAAGGAUUUAUUGUUUUUAAUGAGAGAAAAAAAAUAGCACUCUCAUAUUAUAAGGACAUAAUUCAAUACAGUUAAAAAUAAUUAAUAAUAAUAAUAAAUAAUUUUUGAAGCCUCAUUUUAUAUGCAUGACAAUUUUUUUUAAUCAUUCAAAUUUGGCAGGGUUUUUAACUACAUCCUUCUCUGUGGUGUGUCAAAUUCACAAGACAUUUAUUUUAUUUCCACAUAACAGGUCACAUUUUCCCACCAACCUUCUACAAGCUUUUAGCCUUCUACUGACUUUAAAGGAUGUUUUAACCAAACUUUUUUUUUUUUUUAAAGAAUAUGAGGUCAAAAGUAUCCCUGGCAGUCCUUUUUUAUUCUUCAUGUUCAACCUGCAAACUGAGACUGAGGGAUUAUUUUCCUGAAAAAAAAUGCAGUUCACUUUGAAUUGCUGGUAUUGUAAUUGAGGAACAUUUGCCACCUGAACAGUUUACAUCUUCAACAUUAUUGAAUUCAAGCUUACUGUAUCUGUUUAAGCCUCCAUUUCUGUUUUCCUUUCAAUACCACACACAGAUUGAAAAACCCAUAAUUACUUUCCACCAGCACAAAUAAAUCAGAUCUGCUAAUGUGCCGUUUUUCUGUACAGCCACCGAAUGUGCUGGAACAAAAUGAAUAAAACUUGAAAUUGUUUUAUUUGAUGCCAUUAAUUCCUUAUUAAAUACAGCCAUAACCACCAUUGCCUACUUUAGGAUCCAUAAUUCUUUGGCGUUAAGGCAUUCUUUGGACACCUUCCCUUACAAAUGACAUACAAGCGGCGAGGGUGUGUGCAUUUGAAUACAUUUGCAUCCAAUCCAUUCUGCGCUUUUUUGUUACUUAGGACUCCUCUGACGUCUCUUCAUUUUAAUAGCCACGUGAAAUAAUAUCCUGCUCUGCUGCCAUCUUGUCUCCUCAUUCUCUUCCCUGUUGUUUUUUUCCCCUUUCUUCUUCUGCUUUCGCCCCCCUUAUCACCUUUAUGACCUCCUCCACAUCCUUCAUGUGAGUGUGGGCCUUCGCCACUGAUCCAUGGACGCUAAUGGGCCUCACCAUUGCUGCUGGAACACCCAGACACUGGGAUCAUAUUUGUUUAAAAACAUACAAAUGAAAACUGAAAGAACAAUAUUUGUGUAGCAUGCUCACAUAUAUAUGUCUUGUGCCAGUGUGUGUGCGUACGUGUGUUCAGUAUGUGUGCGUGUGUGUGUGUGUGUGUGUGUAGAUCAUUUCACGGUGAGGAUUAAAGAGGGUCAGGUAUGAUAUCUUGUUUCCUGUGACCCGCUCAUCGCACGGUUUCCCACACUCAUCACUUCAGUCUAUCACAUCCCUCUUGCUGACAGUGUUAGCCCGGACCCCAAACACACUCACACACACUCGCACGCACACACACACACACACACAAACACGCGCACGCACACACACACACGCCACUGAGCUAUACAGUAAAUCCACAUAAUCUCCAGAUACCUGUGUACGUGUGUCUAAAUGUCCGCUUGUGUGUGUAACUUAUUCCUGUCAUAGCAAACACUCCAGACUGUAUUUGUUUGUGUGUACGCGGGUGUGUGUGUGUUUCCUGUAAGUUAUUGCGGGUUACGAUAACAACGGCUUCCCCUGUCAACAGCCCAUAAUGUCAGAUUUACAGGGUUCCCCCCGGUAACCACCGGGACUUGUGUGGUUGAGUGGAUCAACAUCAGAGCCCA